AAGUGUAUUUCAAAUACACUUUCAUAAUUUUAUUUUAUAAAUUACCAACCAUACUUAUCGACUAAAUAAGAGGAACGCAGAAUAAAAUCUUGCACGUCUCUAUACGAGAUCAAUGCCCGGUUACGCCAACCACAGUAUACAACUUUUUUAUCUGUACCAAUAUAUCCUACUUCCUAAACCGUCGGAAGUAUUUCUAAACAAACAAACAUGAUAUUUUCAGUUCAAUCCAAACCUAAAGUGCUUUUUAUUCAAGGUCUUAUAUUUUACUUUAUCUGAUUAAAGUUUGAUCACUAUUUUCUAUAUUAAAUGAUUAUGGUAAAAAAUAGAAAAUAUUCUGUCUUUGGAUCCUUUAUUUAGUCCUAGAAUCGAACCCACAGCCCACGAGUGAUGAGUCCUUCGACUUUGGGUCAUGGAGGUUCCACUAUUUUCUCAGCUUGUAUAUCAGUUAUUCCCAGGGCUUUUGCUGUUGCAUAAUUAUGAACUUAAUGAUAUAAAGACCUAUGACUAUGACCUAUCUACUUACUAUUUUCAAAUCAGUAAAAAUUAAACUGGAAUGAUGUUAACUCAACAAUAAACAGCCUAGUUUAUCAAGCUAAGAAAACAGAUAAGUUAUCAUAUCGUCCAUAAACGUACCGUCUAUGCAGUUUUUCUGCACACGUCUGGAUAUUUACUGACCGACUUCAUUAUCAGAGAUAAGAUAUGAUAGCUCGUCCUACAAAAAGGUUUACUUAACUAAGUACAGUUUCAUAAUUACCUAUGAAUAGGCCAACAUUCAUGUGCAACUAAAGCAAGGAGUUAAUAAACAAGUGAAGCUCGCUCGCCAACAACGGGAUGGACGGAGCAAGGAGGCAGGGCGAAGUCGUAACAAACUUUUUCGUUUCAUUCAUUCGCCAGUGAGACGCCGCGCGUGCGGCCGUGCGUUCCGUUUUCCCGCCGCCCACGAUCGAACGCGAUGUUUUUUUGUUUAUCAACAAACAAAAAACGUAACCAGUUGUGUUUGGUGACAUAAAAAAACCUGUGUUUUUUAUUUCGUUAAAUCAUGGAAUUAUGUUGAGUUAGCAGCUUUAAAGUGGUUGAAGAUGGACGGUGCGAACGGUGAUUCCGAUCACUCCAUGACUUGGGAGGACUUUUUCGGUAGCACAACAGAUCUGACGCCCACGCUCAUCGGCAUAUACGACUCUUUAUUGGAACCGUCAAAAAGUCUAAGACCAGAAGCGAAUACUUUAGAAACAGCAAAAGAUGCAAGAAAUGACCCCCCAGUAGAAGUAAAGGAAACAAAAGAGACUAAACAAGACAUAUCUACGACAGAAGGGCAGAAGAUGAUCACAGGAGGUGUCAAACUGCCCAUCACGAGCUUUAACAAAAGCUCCUUGUAUACAAAUCGAACUAAAAGUGAUAACGUUGGUGCUAGUGACGAAUUGGAUAAGUGUAACGCGGUUAGUGACUCUUUACUUAAAAUACAAAGGACUUUUAAAGAAAUGAAACAAGAGACGACGUUCGACAACCUCUCGCCAAAUGUCAAACGGAUGAUUUCAAGUGCUACUGAAACGUCCACGUUAAAGUUUCAAAAGAAAACUGGUAACGUUGGUAGAUCUUCAAUGAGACAUAAGACAAACAUUCCUUUGGUUGGGGCCACAUCGAAAAUUUCACAAUCAGGCGUAGAAAUUCUUCCCUCAGUUGAAAUCUACGACCAACCUUGUGCUAUCAAAAGUUUUAAUAAGUCCAAAAGCGAGGAAAUUGAAUCUCCGAAAGCGGUGCCUUUGAAACCAGAAUUCAAAAUAGAUGACGCUCAAACGUACGACAUCCCAACGAAUAACAGGCCGGCUAUUUACGACGUUCCCGUUGUAAAUAACAAAACUGCUUUCGAAUCUCUGUCUCUCCCUUACAUCGACCAAUCCAUCGAGCUCUCUAUAACAUCAAACGAUAGAGAGUUCGAUAUCAAAUUGUCAUCGAAAGACAACUCGCCGAUGAAGCCAACCCCAAAAAGUCCCAUUCGAUCUCCUGUCAAAAUCCCGGUUAACGAAGGCACAAACAGUUUGCACCGCAAAGACUUCGUGAAUAAGAGUGAAAGUCCUUCGAAACUUUUGUCGAAAGCUGGUCCAUACCCCGAAGCCGUGGGAUCUACUGGUAAUUUAAAAACGUGUGAGAAAGAGGUGAUACGAUUGAACCCCGCGGUGGAAGUUUCUCGACCCCUUUCAAUGAGUUCUAUUGCUUCCUCUAGUUCCACUUCGAGUAGUGGUGUUCAGAACAAAGGGGGAGUGAAUUCUGCUUAUUUAGCUUCUAUUGAGAGUUUGGAUGACCACAGUGAUGCUGAUAUGACUUCGGCGAACGGUAGCAAUCACUUUGUAAAUAAAGCUGGGAUGAUGAACAAAAGUGCAUCAGAGGAGAGGAAUUCGGAAGACAAGCCACGUGCUCAGCUAGCAGACGAGAUGUCUGGUCUCUCGCAGCUGGAGCGCGUGUGCUCAGAGAUUGUUCAGACAGAGAAUGUGUACGUCGAAGACUUAAGGCAGGUGGUCGAGGGCUACCUGCACGUGUGGCGGCGGGAGGCGACGUUCUCCGAGGAGCAGCUGGCUGAACUGUUCAACAACAUCGAGGAUAUCUACACGUUUAAUAGAUCUCUCUGCGAGGAGUUGAACACGUGCCGUCUGGACGCGACGUGCAUCGCUCGUUGCUUCGUCAACAAUACUACUGGCUUCUCUGUCUACACAUCAUACUGCACCGGCUACCCUCGUACCAUGGAGCGACUGGCAGCUCUAGCGUCGGAGCCUCAUAGUGCGAGGGAGUUCAGAGAGAGACAGCUCGAGUUGGGGCACCUUCUCCCUCUUGCAUCGUAUUUGUUGAAGCCGGUGCAGAGGAUAUUGAAAUACCAUUUGUUGUUGCAGAAUGUGGUGAAGCAGUGCGCAUCUCGCGAGACGGAAUACGCGCUGCUGAAGAUGACAGGCAUCGCACAGCACAUCGAUGACAUGAAGCGGCGUCACGAGCACGCCGUCCGUGUGCAGGAGAUACAAUCGCUGCUGUACGGCUGGAACGGUCCAGAUUUGACAACGUACGGAGAGUUGUGUGCCGAAGGGACAUUUAGAGUUUUCGGCGCGAAGGCGAUGCGACACGCCUUUCUCUUCGACAACAUGCUGCUCGUCACCAAGAACCGUGAAGACGGCGUGCUGGCCUACAAGUCUCACAUUAUGUGCAACAACAUGAUGCUGGUGGAGUCGAUAGCGGGGGCUCCCCUGUCGUUCCACGUGAUCCCGUGGGACGCGCCGCGCGCACAGCUCACGCUGCAGGCGCGCUCGCCGCGACACAAGCGCGAGUGGACGCUGCUGCUCAAGAGGGUGAUUCUGGAAAACUACAAUGCAGUUAUCCCAUCACACGCGAGACAGCUGGUCAUGGAACUUGGACAAAACAAAACUGAUGAUGAUAUGUUAGCAGAAAAAUCCCACAACCUCAUAACCCAAGCGUCAAUGAGGAAGCAACUUUCAGCACCAGAGUACCUCGAAAAACGAAAACUAGAGAGAGAAAGAAGGAAAUCAUUCGAAAACGGAAUUCGGGGACGCCUGAAGAAGGGUAACAGAAAAUACACCGUCCCUAGUUCCAGAGCCGAAAGCCAGGAAUGUGACUGUACUCAAGUUUCAGCUGAAAAAGGGACCGACUAUACCUGUGAAACUUGCUACAUCGACCUCUGUUCUGACUGCGAAUCAGAACUAUCUAAGGUCAAGAGGAACGAAAAAUGCGGGUGCAGACAUGACGAUGGUGAACUCGGUGACAAAUGCCCCGAGUGUGAUAGAUCUCUCCAUUACAUCGACUCCGGAAGCGCCGAACAUCUAGAAAGAAAGCAAUCUGCCUGCAAAUGCUCAGACUUCAAAUCUUCACAAGAAAGUUUCACUAAAGAAUUCGGAAGUUCCCUGACCAAAACUAGAGGGUACCACUCAUCUGACAAUAUAAUAGGAUAUACUGAUAACAGCAAAAGCAAGGAAGAUUUGAGUGACACCAAUAAUUCUUUAACAAACGUCAGACAAAUACAAAAGACAUGUCUAAAAUGCGCUAAAAUUAAAGAAAAUAUUGUAGUCACUGAUUCUAAUAGUACGAUACACUCAAGGAGAUCCAGAUGUAAUGAAAGUGAAAAACCUAAAACAGAUACUUUGAGGUCGAAGUCUAAAGAUGACCCUCAAAGAUCUAAGUUGUCUAAAAUAGGAACGUGGAGAAGAAAGUCUGAACCGGGUCUACAACAAAACAUGAUUGGGAUUGUAACUAAGAAAACACAAGACGGUGAGGAAAGAACGGAAGUGAGAGGGAAUGAAAAGAUAGAAUUUGAAUGCAAGAACUGCGGCUCCAACAAAAUCACUAAAAAAGUCAAAGCAAGUGAUGGCACAAUUAUAUCUGACCCAGAGUUAGAUAACAGAAAACGAAUCGGUCCAACAAAACAAACGGUAGAAAUUAGAAUGUACAACACUAAAAACAUACCAAAGAAGAUUUCUAAAAUAAAAAAGAACAGAGCAAAGGGUCUGCGAGUGGGUUCCGAUACUACAGCUAAAUUCUACGCUGAUUUUUCCACCGAUGUUUCUACUGAAAAUAUACUACACAUUUCUGAGUCUACCGAUAGUCUAAAUGUUGAUAAGCCGAAAGAAACACCGAACCCAGUACCUGAAACAAUUAGUAAAGAUGAAGACAUUGAUGAAGAAACAUACAAGAAACUAAUAGAGAAAACAGAUUCUUUCAAAAAGAAUGAAUUGGAGAAAGUAAAGUACUUAAAUAAGCAGAAAGUGAUAAACGAAGGUUCCGAAGUAGAUGAUAAGACUUGUGAAACAGAAACAAAACCUGAUGAGGUCUUAGAAAGUUGUGAAGAAGUCGAACAACCUCUAGAACAAAUUAUCUCUCAGCUGUUAAUGCAAAAUAGAGAGUUUCAAAAGCUAAUAAAGAAGCAGCAACUUAGAAACACAGCUCAAAGACGGCAUCAAAGAUUAAUGAAGUCUCAUUCAAAUCCCGAACAUACGGUCCUAGCAAAAAGCCUAGACUCAACAAAAUUUAAACCUAAAUAUGGACGUCAGACUUCAGAAAAUUUAAACGAUGACAAAACAGAGGAAGAAGAUCUCACAACUACAAGUUCCAUAACCGAAAUUAAUGAUGAAAUAGAUGAAGAUCAUAUUUAUGAAACCUUGAGAGUUGAUAACCGUGCUGAAGAAAGUUUACAUUCUGUUAACACUAAAAGUAAGGUAAUACAACAUAAUCCACACGUGAGUAGACCAAAGAGGUUGUCAACCCCACCAAAUGACGAUGUUGGUGUCGUUAAUCCACAUUUAGGCCCCGAUUCAGACUACGUGUACUUAUCUUUUAACAAACUAAACAAAUUACAAAACACGGAAGGUAUUUACGACGUGCCUGUUCGAUCACCAGAAAAAGUAAACCGGAUGUCAUCAGAAUACUACGUGACUAUGGAAAGUAAAGGUCCCAUAAUAAGCGAAAAUGUCUAUGAUUCUUUAGUUGAAGUUUGUCGACGGAAGAAAGACACACCUAGUGAUUUACCCGGUGACUACUUACCAAUGAGCCCAGACCAACAAAGUCCUAACGCCCCAGAAAUAUGGCUGAGCAGGCAAAAGGAACAUUUUAAUGUAUCAAGAGACAGAAAAUCAGGUUCCUUACCACGAAGCUUUCAAGUAGUUACAAGUACUCAAGAAGAUAGUAACUUAGUUACAUUUAAAUGUAAACCUAAUAGUAAUAGCAAGACGUAUCUAAAUAGAGACGGUAAAGUCAUGAGCACAGACAGACCGUACACAAUAGCUUCAGAUCAAAGUGAAAUCAAUUAUGACGAUAUGAGUGAUGGUGACAUUCUAAAAUUCAACAAAUCUAAUAGUACCGAGUCUGAUUACGUCCAAAAUAUAAGCCAAUCAACCUUGGAACUAGAAGAAGAAAUUGACAGAUGUUACAAAAGUAAAUUCGAAGACAUACAUCUAGACAAGAAUAAAAAUGAGAACCUCCUUACUGUAUCUCAACCGAAUUUAAAUAUAUCUACUACAUCGUCCUGUGAAGUCUUGCCUUUAGAACAAAAUGAUGAAACGAAAUCCAAUGAUAUAGAAGUCAUACACCCAGAACACAAAAUAUACAAACCUACAUCAAAUAUGCUCUCACUGAAGAAUGUUUUGAGUCGAUUCAAAAAUAAAACACCCAACAAAAAUAAUGAAGAGUCUGAAAUUAACGCUAAUGACCAGAGCAGUCCUGAUAGUACGAAGUCAGACUUAAAAAGUCCAACAAAUGAAAAGCGACCAAACUUGAACCCUAGAAGUUAUUCCAAAAAUCUCUUACAAAGAUUUAGGAGUAUUAUUGGUGACGAACAUACAGAUGACAAUCAAAACAAACCUGAACAAACUAAGGUUGAAGACAUUCAAAACAAUUUGAUCAAAAGUGAGAUCAAAGUUAUAAUAACAUCGACUGACGCCAGUCCUACUACUUCAACCAUAGUGUAUGCAGUCAAUAACGAAUUGCUUAGUAAAAGUGUCUGUGAAAAUACCACUUUAUCAGAAAGCCAGACUGAGAAACAUAAUCUCGAAGCAUUGUCUCUGAGUUGUGACAAUAUCAAUGAAAAGCCCGAAGUGUUUCGUCCAAAAUACGAGAAAAGCGUUAGCAUGGUCACAAAAACUAGCGCAACGAGUUCUCCAUCAAAAUCCAACAAUAGUUCCUACCAAAGCUUGAAUAAGCUGCCUAUAUACAUGCAAGGUAGCAAACAUUUAGGCGCUAGAAUAGCCCAGUCAGACUACGUAGACCCAACGACUCUAAUCAGCGACAAAUCGCCACUCAAAAAGGUUAAUGUACUUAUUAAUAAGAAUUCUGUGAGACCUGAUAGUUUAUUUUCUAAUUCUUCUUUCGUUACAUCAUCAAGCGAGGGAGCUUACCAAGAAACACAAAAUAAAAUAAAUGCUAAUCAAAAUGAAGGUAAAGAAAAGAUGCUCGAUUCUCCAGUGCAAUUGAACUCCGAUGAGAGUUUCUACGAAAAGUCCUUCGAAAAAAUUGAACAAAUGACUGAUGAAGAUGUUUUUCGUGAUUCUGCUGUUUACUCUGACCAAGAGGAUGCCGAAGAAUCGAAGGUAGAAGCUGUAGGAAAAGAUAAAGCAACGAAUAAGACUGUUAUUAAAGUAGAGAGCAUUAAAACGAAGUCUGCGGCAAACACUAAGCAUACUACCAUCACUACAACUGUCAACGAAAAAACGAACACACAUACUCGAGUUAUUGUGACGUCUAAUAAGACAGCGAACGUAGAACGAAUUCACAGCAAGUCUGAGAAGAUUGUGAAGCCUAAAGUUGCCCCACCAGUCCCUGCUAAACCGAAGAUAACUCAAAUGUCAUCGACUACCGUUCAAAAUAAAAAUAUUACAAAGACUUUGUCUAAGAGCUCCGACCAAUCUUCGUCUUCCGAAUCUGUGAAUAUGAAGACUAUCAAAAGGAACGUUAACUACAAGCAAACCAUCGCAAGAUCCGAAUCUACUCCUAUCAAUGAAAAACCGAAAAUGAAUGAUGAUAAAAUGGUUAAAAGUGAACUUGUAAAGAAACCUGUAAAAACAACAGAAUCUGAGAUUUUAGAUGAUAAAACAAAAUCUCAAGGAAAUAUACAGAUGAAGAGGAUGAGUUUUGAAAGAGCAAGUCUAGAUUCUGCCACCCGGAAACUAAAAACAACCCAAGACCCUAAGAAAACAGUGCCAGAACAACCGAAAACUUCAAAAUCUGUUUUAGAAAGACGAAUGGAGAUCGAACAGCUAUCAAAAAGUCAAGUGAAAACCAAUCAAAAUGUUAAAAAACCUGUGCAAGCAGCGAAACCAAAGUAUCUAACUACGAAAGUAGCUAAUUUUGAACGUAGUCACAGUGAACUCACUGCUAAAGAAAGAAAUACGCCCAGUACUGAUGAAAACAUUCCUAGUAGAAAUAAUGAUGAAGUAAGACCCGAGUCCCUUGAAGAAGCUAAAGGCAGUUGGGUAAAACAAGUCGUCAAUAAAUUCCAAUGAGCUUAAUAAGAAUUAGGUGAUAUUUUUGCAUUUAAAACUUUGCACCAUUCAAGGCCUGUGGACAAGUGACUAUUUACGGAGCUAACUGUAUUGAACUGACAAGUUACGUCACUUGUCGAGUACACACGUUGGAAGUUUUUCAUUGAAUUGCGUUGUAACAUUGCCCAGGUCUUUAGUGUUGAGUGGUCUUAGCGAGUGGCUGGUUGGUUGACAAUGUCUUUUUUGUGACAUCUCAAUUCGUAAUAUUAUGCACUAUUAAACAUAUUUUGAUACUUGUAUUCUAAUUAUCAACGUGUAACUUUACUAUCUUGUAUUUAUGAAUUACUGUACUAUCCAUUAUGUUAUUCGACAUUUAUUCCGGCUUAACAAGUUGGUGUCAACAUUUGGACCAAUAUUGGUAGGAUGGUUGGUGUCAACGUAUGGACAAAUUUUGGUUGGAUAUGUGGUGUGCAAUUCUUUGAUGGAGACCAGUUUGCGUCUACCUCUGUCAACGUUCCAACAUUGGAACCAACUUGUGAAGUUGGCUUUAUUCAAAAACUAAUUGAACAUGCUUCUUAAACUGUAUUAGGAAAAAAUAGAACAAAAAUCAAGGUGUUACAUAUAAACGGCAAACAACUUUGACCAACGAAUCCGUCUGUUUUUAUACUCCCAAAUUUUGAUCCGUCACUAAACCUAGCAUAAGUUUAGCAAUACAAUUAGACUAUACUACGACGGUGAAUGUUUCAUAUCGAUUUUAAACUAAAAUAUUAGACUUACUAACUCAAUUUAGCCCGUUUAAUUUCGUAAAUUCAUCGUCGUACUAUUUCUAAUAUUGUCUAGUAUUUUAAUUAUUAAGAUAAUUGUUAAUCAUUAUUGUAAAUAAUCUCCAAUCAAACUUCCUUGAGCUUUGAUAACUCGUGCCAUAGACAAUGAUAUAUUUUGGCAGAACAUCACUAAUAAAUUCUUCGUGUAUAUAAUCUGUGGAAUGCUUAUUUUGCUAUUGUAUUUAUUCAAAAGUGCCAUUGCGAUAUUAGACGAGUAUUUAAUUAAAAA